GUUAUGACUACUAUCUUCAGACAAAUUCUGCCUGUGCUCCUGCCCCGAACUGUUCGCGAACCAGCCCCCAACGACCUGCCCUGCCUAGCAACACCUACAAUGCCUCUCCCGGUGUAAAUAGUAGAGCCACCGCGAGCAGUAAUAAUCUGGGCCUCACAACUACCUCAGUCGGUCUCCUCGGUCCCCGACAGCCCGGUGGUGGUGCCCUCACUCCCUCCUCUCCCUCAGGUGGUCUAGGUGGUGGCGGUACGCAACAGCAGAAUCGUUGUUCUCGCAUGAAUCCCGGUCACGUGGCUACUAAUAAUGGCGGCGGUGGUUGUGGUAGUGGAAGCAACAACUACAACGAUCGUCCAAAGGAAGUUCUCGAGAACGGCAACCACCAUCCCCAUCAUCUGGCACCUGAACACAGUGCACUUGCUCGGGGUGGAGGGGGCGGCUCUUCCAACCGCUUCUUCGAUGAUCUCGAAACCCAAGUUGUUGUC